GCGGGUUGCCCUCCCUUGUGCGAUCAUCAAGGUCUCUUAUUCCUACCGUCUGGCGAAGAGUAUGACCUGGGAGCUGGCUUGUUCUUUCUCGGCCUUGCUGAAUGAAAAACGAAUGAAUUCCUUUCUCCCAACUGCGCAAUGAAUCAACGGAUAGAUUUACAGACCAGCAUCGAUGUCCAGCUCUUCCAUUUGCCAGCUCAUAUGUGAUCGAUCGUCUCCAACCCAGGUUCCUCCAUACAUCAGUAGACAAAGCCUUGGAAAACGGAUGCAUCUUAAUCUCUUUGCAGGUGGAUAAACUCUACCUGUGCCUUCUGAGUAGGUAACUAGCUGCUCCGGCAUGGUCACUUAUUAAAUCGUUACACCCCUACGAAGGAGUAUCACAUCAGGCCUUUGGAUCUCCUACGCAACUACCACUCCGUCUUGUUGACCUUAUAUACGUGGACAAAAGUACUAGCUUGGGACAACUCCACCCAUAAGUACUGCUGAAUAAGUGUGUGGCCGGGCACUGCUCCAACUCCUCCUGUCGGCAAAACGAGGUAUAAGAGCUACGUGCAACAAAGAAACCAAGUAGGUGAAACUAUCGAUUUUGCUUUGAUUGAUCUCAAAAGUACACAACAUGGCAAAAGGUUGGCCACCAUACGGCAUUCCUGUGGAGCUCUUCGCUUGCGUUGCCGCAUAUCUGUCCCGUCAAGAUAUUUGCAAUCUUCGUUUGGUGAAUAAAGAGUGUGCGUUCAAGCUCCAGCGAGUCCUUUUUCGCACCGCCGUGGUUCCCUUCGGGCCUAUGAUAUAUUCAUCCGAUGAAGCGUCAGACGAAAAGAUUGAUCUUUUUGAAACACUUGGGGGAUGUGUUUCUCGAUUUGGCUUAAGUUUCGAGCUGGACCAGAUUCAACUAUUCGAUCCUCCGGAAAAGGUAUAUAACAAUACGGUGAAAACCUUCUGGGGAGAGUAUGAAUGGCCUAAGCCCGACUACGUUGAAUAUGAUUACUUGAGAAGAGUGGAGGAAGUGGGUGACCAGGCAGAGAGAAUGAAACGUGCGUUUCGGACCUUGACCAAUGUCUCUGAGUUUGCUCUGAGUUUCGAUACCGGCUAUGGCUGGCUUAACCCCCCAACUCUUGUGGACGACUCACUGGAAUUUGAAGGAAAGCGCAGCGUAUUCUGCGGGCAAGCUGUAGCGUCAGCUCCUAGAAACAAACGUGUGGCGUCAAUAUCAUCGCAGUCGCUAAAAGAGUAUCUUGAAUCGAUACUCCCAGAGUGGGCAUCGAAAAGCUUAUACCGGCUUAAAGAUGCGAUCAACGAGGAUUAUUUGGACUCUCCACGUUUAUCAUUCCCUCGAAGCAGGAGGUUACCUAUUGACCCCACAAUUGAGAGAGGGAAAACGUAUGGAGAACACCGCGCCAUUGGAGAUUGUGGACUCUAUCCUAGAAACCCUACGCGUGCACAGACUGAAUGGCUGCUUGAAACGUCCUGGGCAGCUCAAGCUACCCUAGGUUCCUGUAUAUACGCAGUAAUUGAUGCCAAGAGUACAUUUCAACGCGUCCACACGUUGAAUAUUUCUAGUAUUUCCUCCGGGUUAUUGGGUAAUCUCAAUCAGCCUCGAUUCUUUGAGGCUUUCCCAUGUCUAACAACCAUCAUCCUUUUGGUUAUUCCAGAUUGGAAGGAAUCAGAUAUGACCUGGGAUUCGCAGAGCCCGAUAAAAUAUAUUGCCCCAAGUGCUGCAUCCACCCUGUUAACUCGCCUUUUAGAAAACGUCAUCUCGCACUUGGUGCAACUAAAACGACUUACAGUUGGAUACAUUGGAGGAGGCGAGCAUGCGAAGGGAGAGUACUGUCGAAACCAACAUAUCCUACCGGCCCCCAUCACUUACUUUGCACAGGAUGCUGCCAAUGGUCGCCUUCCGGAACCUCCACUUAAAUUUCCUCACAUCAAAACGCUCACUUUUAAAAAUUGCUGGUUCAGCCCGAUCCUUUUGAUUCAGUUCUUUAAGUCGGCGUGCCAUAGCUCCUUGGAGUGUUUAAAAUUUGACUCUUGUUCCUUGACCGCAGUACCAGGCACCCUUCCUCGUCCUUAUGUGAGCAAUAAAGUUCGUCCAAGUUGCACUCGAGACGAAUAUUAUCUUCAGGAGCUCCGAGAAGGUACCUGGUCUGAUAUUAUCAACCAAUUCACACCGGCUCUCUCACUAUCCGAGCAAAUGGCUUCGAUGGGUUUGAAGGACUCCCCACCUCCACGCGAGGAUGUCCCACCUUGCCUAAGACAACUGGAAUUCGUAAGUUGCGGAUAUGUUCGCCUUGCCCCCUUUUUCAACCAGAACAACCUCGUCGUCCCGUAUUUUCCAACAGAUCAAAUCCUGGAUGUUCCACCAUUUUUUGUCCCAAAUCUAGCGCAAGUCAUUCCCACAGAUCCCCUUGCAUGGCCAACACCUCAAUUGAACCCAAUCCCACUUACAGCGAUGCAAAACGUGGGUCAAAGACUGGCAACUGCCCAAAAUCAAGAUCCCGCGACAGUAUCUCUGAACCCUGCUCUGGGGGUACCUCCUAAUCUCGCUCCUAAUCCAGCAAUAACGCAGCCUGUCCACUUUGCGACUGUCCCUCCUAGCCCACCUCUAUAUAUUCUGAUAAUGCAGCAGUAUCCUGUGCUGUCAGGACCCGCUCCUGUUCCUCCAGCAGUCGCCCAACACACCCAGCAAACAAACCAGCAAGCCGACGACCCUGCUGUUUCUUUACAACCUACGCAACAGGUCCAGGCAGACACACAGCAUCAAAACGCCACCAUGGCCGCGCUGCCACCCGGUCCAAUCGCACAUGAAAUGCACGUGCCAGCGCCGCAAAUCCCAGAAACUGGCUUUGAGGAGGCCUCGGAAAGGCGUUCCUACAUCGACUGCAGGCUUAACGGGACAAUAGUUCAAUGCAUAGGCAGCGACGAGGAGCAGGUUCUGGAAUGCGCGUUCGGGCUGACGAUGGGAUGGGGGUCAUGGGACGACAUCGAGAAACGGCGGGAGGUCGUGAGCGAUGGCUUCAAGCAAGGGGGCGCGGGGAGGUUUUCUGGCGUUAUUGUUGGGUCUGAUCGUGGGUUUACCGAGAGAAGAUAUUCGGCGGGUCCUGGGUGUUAUCGGGAUGUUCCUGGUUUGUGGGAUAGUUUUGCAGAGUGAAUGAGUAUUUCCUUGAUUCCCGUGUCCUGCGUCUCAUGUGGAUGGUUUCGUUAUGGCGGGGAAAAGGAUUUCUAUUAAGGGUUGUUAGUGUACAUGUACAUAUGUAUGGUUAUGAUUUACUAGUUACAUCUGUUAUAUUUGCCUUCCCUAAAGCUGAUGUAUCUUUUCUCCAUUUCUUCUUUUUCACCACUACUAAAUAAUCAACGAUUCAUUCCUGCCAUUCUAUAGUUAUUGUCCAGCUUCUUCAGCUCUCACAGACAUAAUGAGAAGCCAUUAUCCUGAGAUCCUGAGCCCAUAAUUAGUAGUUGGCCACGAGACGACACAUCACACAUCCAAGCCCUUAUUUCCUCUGAGGUUUCAUUUCAAACGUGUGCUAGUAGUAAUUCCUCAAAACAUAUUCUCUUCUUGUCCAGGUUUUACCCACCAUCCACGCGGGAAAAAUUG